CGAAUUACACCGAUUUUACAGAUGCUGCUUUGUUUAAACACCGCCUGGUUCUGGGCUGUCAGUCAAACUUAACAUGCUGCUGACUGGCGCGUGAGCCGUGCUUAGGCGAUAUGUCAAGAUACAGCAGCGGUGGGGGUUCUGGGUAUGAUGGAUACGAGGACGACUUCGAAGUGGACGCCGGCGACGACUUGGACGGGGAGCUGCAGGUCGACGUGGGUCAGGCUGACGACGACGAAUCAGCAGCAGCGACUGCAGCGGCUGACCUAGGUGCUGGCGAGGGUGCGGCGGUGUCCCCGCAGCGCAGCCUCGCAGAGCAGACUGGCUCCUACCGCGGGCACGACGACGGGGAGGCUGCCGAGCCUGGCGAGGGCGCACCUUCCACGUACGGCUCCCCUGCCGUACAAGUGUUUCGGCCUCAUGAGCAGGACAGUGCUGGGCCCACACCACAGGCCGAGCGGUCCUCCGCCUCCGCGAGUCCACCCAUGGCUCAGGCCUCCAGCAGCCCUCUGUCGCCGCCAGUGCCGCCGCUGCCGCCGCUAAACCAGACAGUCUCGCCCUACCUUGCACGCAACCCCUCCUACCACUCGGAGGCCUCGUCUGCAGCGGCACCACAGCGGGCGCCGGCAGUGUCGCACGACCCCACGCCAGCCAGCGCUGUAAGCUUCGCGGCGCACAUCCCCACGGCAGCUGCAACAGCUGCGGCGGGAACACCCGGUGCAGGGGGCGUGCCGCCGCGGCCGGGCACCAGCCGCGGCGCAGGAUCGCAGUCUGCCGCGGCGGCAAUCCAGUCGCGCCCCACCACCGCCAGCACCGCCCCUCGCUCCCAGGCGCCGGCGCCUGCCGGCUACAACCAGCAACAACAACAUCCACAGCAUCAGCAGCAGUACGCGGCUUCUGCGGACGCUGCGGGCGCCAUGCCGGCGCUGAGUCUGGCGCUGCUGCAGCAGGCGAGCCAGUCCGAUGCGGCGGUGCAGCAGCAGCAGCAGCUGGCGGCGGCCAUUCGGCAGAGCGUGGACGUGCUGCGAGCUAGCGAGCAGGCCCGGCAGAUGCAGGCGGCGGUGGAGACGCUGACGUCGCAGGUGCUGGCGUCGGAGCGCAGCCGGGCGGCGGCGGAGAGCGCCUUGGUGGAGCUGACGCAACGCAUGCAGGAGCAGGAGAAGCGGCUGAACGAAUCAUGGGAGGCCAAGCUGCUGGAGAAGCAGCGGGAGGUGCAGCAGCUGCGGACCAAGGUGACGCAGCUGGAGUCCCAGGGCGUCAAGGGCCGGCUCACGGCGGCCAGCACAACCAACCCGCGCGGCAGCGUCCAGGGCGGCAUCAGUCCGGAGGAGGCGACCGCCCUGCGCAAGGAAUUGGAGCAGACCGAGGUGCUCAUACGGGGCUAUCAGCAGGAAAAUGAGGCAGCCACGCGCCGCAUCAAGGAGCUGGAGGAGACGCUGACUGCGGCGCAGGCGCAUGCGGCCGAGGAGGUGUUGCGCAGUGAGCGGGCGGUGCUGGUGGCGCGCGACGACGUGGGGCGGCGCAACGCCGAGACCGCCAACAAGCUGGCGCGGGUGCUGGCGCUUGAGAAGGAGCUGGAAGGCGUGCGGGAGGAGGCGAGGGUGCGCGAGUCGGAGCUGAAGGCGCAGCUGGAGAAGCUGCGGGCGGAGAAGAAAGCCAUGGAGGCCAAGGCGGGCGGCGUGGACCUCAAGGCGAUGGCCGACGGCGACGUGCUGGUGAAGCAGCUGCGGGAGGAGAUGGAGACGGCGCGGCAGGCCAACCAGGCGCUGGUGCAGGAGCUGCAGGCCAAGCUGCAGUGGUACGCUGAGAACCAGGACAUGCUCAACCAGCACGACGACCUCAUGGCGGAGCAGCGCCAGGUCAUUCAGCAGCUGCAGGCGCGGCUGGCGCAGUACGAGGGCCCGGGCUCCAAGGGGCCUGCGGCCACUCGUGCGGCGACCGCGCAGGCCCGCGUUCGCGAGCUGGAGGCGCAGGUGGACCAGCUGCACAAGGCGCUUCGUGGCAAGGCGCCCGGCAACAGCCUGGCGGCGGUGGUGGCGGCGGCGCGGCCCAGCGCGGAGGAGAACGCGCUGGUGGCGGAGCUGCGGGAGCAGUGCGAGGAGCUGGCGCGCCAGCUGCGGGACAAGGACGAGGAGCACGAGCGGCAGCUGCGCUCCCACCUGCAGCAGCUGGACCGACUCAAGGCGCAGUACUCGGAGCGGGCGGGCCGGCUGGAGGCGGCAACCAAGAACCGCGGGCGGGCCAAGGAGUUGGAGCGUCAACUGGAGGAGCAGAAGGCCAUGUUCGCGCGGCGCGUGAGGGACCUGGAGGCCAAAUUGAGGGCUGCUCAGGAGCAGGGUGCGGCCAUACCGCCCACGCCACUGCCCGGGCCGCCGGCGUCCGUCAUGCAGACGCCCACAAAGGGGCUGGGAGGGGCGGCGGGGCACGGUGGGGGCGGCGGUGGGGCCCACCCACCCCCAGCCCCCAGCAGCGUGUCAGCCGCAGCACGCAGGGACGACCUUGUACCAGCCUCGCACCUGCGUGCUCGCGAGCUGGAGGUGAAAAAACUCACGGCAGACCUGGAGCGCAAGUCCAAACAGGUGUCUGAGCUGCAUCUCAAGCUGGGCGAGGCUGAGGCUCGCAUCCUCAAGCUCACAGCUGACCUGCGCCGCAGCCACACGGCGGCAGCCAUGGGCGCAUCUCCGCUGCCGUCUAGGGCCCGGCAUGAGCACCUGCCUUUCGACGACCGCCCCGUCGGCGCCGGCCCCGGCCGUGACCGCGACCGGCCCCAGCAGCGCCUGUUCUCGUCCGAGUCGGGCGGUGGCGGAGCCGAUGACCUUGACGACCGCAGCGACGACGCGGGGCCGCGCGGCGUGGGCGCCGGGGGCGCGGGCGUGGGUGCGGGCGGCGCGUCGGGGAGGGUGGUGUCCUCUGACCUUGUUGAGAAGCUGGAGGAGCGGUGUGGCAACCUGACGGUGGAGAACGGCAGCCUAAAGGGGCAGGUGGCGGCGCUGGGGCGGCAGCUGGCGGCGCUGCGGCUAGAGCUGGAGGAGGCGCGCGGCGCUGGGGCUGGGGCUGACGGCGGCUCGCAACACCAGCAAGCCGUCAUCGCCGACCUGCGCCGCAAGCUGGACGCAGCGGAGCUGGCGCUGGCGACCGUGCAGCGCAGCGCCACGGAGGCGGUGGAGGCGCGGGUGUCGGCGGCGGCGGAGGCGCAGCGCGCCAUGCUGCGGCUGCAUGACGAGGUGGCGUACCGGGAGGGGCUCAAGUGGCAGGAGCGCAUGGCCACACUGGAACAGGAGCUGCGCUCUGCCCAGCAGCGCUGCGAGCAGGCCGAGUCGGAGCUGGCGGUGUUGCGGUCCCGGGGCGCGGGCGGCUGGACGCCGGAGGCGGCGGCGUUCAUGGCCAUGGAGCGGCGGCUGGACGAGAUGGCGCGGGAGAUGGCUCAGCGGGAGGCCAAGUGGCGCGCGGUGCUACAGGACACACAGAGCCUGCACGGCGUGCAGUCGGACAUGGAGCGACGCAAGUGGGAGUCGGCUCUGGCGGCUAAGGAGGCCGAGGUGCAGGCCACCCGUGCCGAGCUGCAGUCGCUGUUGGAGGAGGUGGCGGCGGUGCAGGCGCUGCAGAGCCGCGCGGCGGCGGCGCAGCAGCAGCGGCUCCAGCAGCAGCAGCAGGCGGCUGGGAUAGCUGCUGGAGGGGGACUGGCUGGGUCGGGCGACCCGCAGUAUUGAUGCAUUUGAAAGCUGGGGGGAGGGGGAGACCGUGGGGUGCUGCGUGCGCAGUAUGGAUCCGAGCCUGUCCUUAUUUGGACUGUCAUGCCAUGGGUACGCGGAUAACCAAUUGCACCUGUAAUGAGCUUUUUAA